CAAACUGAUCGGUUUGAAGUUUAGUGAGCGACUGAGAGACAUAUUCUCACAGUCAGUGACUUUCACCUGUAAUCUAUUUAAAUGUUUAAUUUAAUCUCAUGAGGUCAAGUUUGAAAACUCAGCUUUUGUUAUUCGCUGAAAAUAACCGACGCAGACAUUUAUAACCAUGUAAGUGUUGGAUCGCCUGUAAAGGUAACGCGGACAUGUCUGCUGGGACCGCCUCGCUCUGCUUGACUUUGAUGCUCGUGUUUGUCUGUGCAGACCAGAAAACCAUCACAGCUGUGCCUGGACAGGACGUCACUCUGACAUGUCGAGCUCCAAACAACAACAUCAUAGUUGUAAAGUGGAGCAGAGCUGACCUGGAAGAAGAAAAUGUGCUUUUGUACUUGGACGGUCACUUUGAUUCAGCCAAACAGCAUCCAUCUUUUAAGGACCGGGUGGAUCUGCAGGACAGACAGAUGAAGGAUGGAGACGUGUCUUUGAUUCUGAAGGAUGCGUACACGGCUGAUAGUGGAACAUACAUGUGCCGUGUCUUCAUGGAGGAAACACGCUCAUGGGAGCUCAUCAGCAUCAUCUACCUGAGUGUUCCUCCAGGUGAGUGA